AUGGCCCUAUAUUUAGAACAAGCGAAAGAGUUACUUCACCGUUUCAAGACAUACAAGGUGGUUCACAUCAAUCGCUCUGAAAACAAACCAGCAGACGCUUUAAGCAAGCUCGCUUCAACUUCCUUUCAACAUCUAGCCAAAGAUGUAAGGAUUGAAGUACUCAAGAAUCCAUCAGUCCUACUACACCAAGUAAAUGUGAUCGAAGUAGGGCAGCCAUCUUGGAUGACCCCUAUAAUUCAAUAUCUACAAGACGGGAUACUCCCGGAAAGCAAAGUGGAGGCGAGGAAGAUUCAAAACAAGGCCCUGCACUAUGAAAUGAACAAUGGUAUUUUGUACCAAAAAUCCUAUCUAGGGCCCCUAUUGCGAUGCGUAGACCCCCAAGACGCAAAUUAUUUGAUCAGAGAGAUCCACGAAGGGAUCUGUAGCAUCCAUGCAGGACCGAGCAUGGUUGUCGCAAAAAUUGUGAAUGCUGGUUAUUCUUGGCCAGGGAUGCAUGUCGACGCCCUAAGGGAGCUGCGCAAAUGUGAUUCGUGUCAGAGACACUCCCCGAAGACCCUGUGCCCAAAGAAUGAUCUUAUCCCGGUAUCCACCACUUAG